AUGGACGCCGCGCCAGGCAGCGCCGCAGGUGGCGCCGCCCCCGCGGCGCUGGCAGCCGACGCGUCGCUCGCGGCGGAGGCCGCCGGUGCCGGCGAGCGCUCGCCGAUUGGAGGCGCCGCCGCGGCCGGCGAGGGGCCGCCCGCAGAGGCCGCCGCGGGGACCUCGGCGUGCGACGCGCGAGGAGCGAACGGCGCCUCCGGCAGCCCCGCGAGGCAGAGGUCGGGGCCUGGCACCGCUGGGCUCGCGCGCCAGCUGGCGGAGGUGCUGCGGCGCCUGGCGGACCACGAGGCCCUGCUGAGGCGGCUGCUGGAGCAGGGCGCCGGAGCCCAGGCGAGCGAGGCGCUCGCGCUGCAGGGCGUGGACCGCAAGGUGGAGCGGCUCCUGCGGCAGGUCGGGAGGCCGGGCGAGCCCGACGCCGCCCCGGACGCGGCCGCCCGCCCACGGCCCGGGGCCGCGGCGCCGCGCCGGCCGCGCGAGGGGAUCCGGGAGCUGGCCGUCUGGUCCUCGUGCGCGAGCUCCGUCCGGCGGAAGGGCGAGAGGACGCGCCGAGCGUCGCCGAGUCGGAGAGCGCCGAGAGGUCGCAGAGCACCAGCCGCAGUCCGCGCACGCGCUCCGCCCAGGUCGCCCCGACUGGUCGCCGACGCUUGGACCAUGGGGACAAGGGCUGCCGCACCGUUGACAGUUUCUUUUCCACCGCGUCGGGUCUGGACCGGGCUAGGAGGCCAGGGCUUGUUGGAAAGAUCGUUCGCAGUCCAGCGUUCGACGGCCUGUGCGCGUUCGUGA